GAACAAUUUCGCGGAGAAGGGCCCCAAGCAGGCGCUGCUGGAGGACGGCUUCGACACCAUCCCCCUCAUGACGCCCCUCGAUGUCAAUCAGCUGCAGUUCCCGCCCCCGGAGAAGGUGGUUGUGAAAACUAAGACUGACUAUGAACCUGACCGCAAGAAGGGCAAGGGGCGCGUCCACAAGAUAGCCGAGUUCACCGUCAGCGUCACCGAGAGCAUGUCCGAGAGGUUCAAGGUCUCCGUGCUGGUCUUCGUCGCCCUGGCCUUCCUCACCUGCGUCGUCUUCCUGGUGGUCUACAAGGUGUACAAGUAUGAACGCCUCUGCCCCGACGGGUUCAUCCUCAAGAACACCCAGUGCAUCCCCAACGGCCUGGCGGCCUACUACGCGGAGCAGGACCCCCACUCCCCGGACAAGUUCUAUGCCGUGGUGAACCACUACAACCUGGCCAAGCAGAGCGUCACCCGCUCCGUGUCCCCCUGGAUGUCCGUGCUGUCCGAGGAGAAGCUGUCGGAGCAGGAGACUGAGGCUGCGGAGAAGUCGGCCUAGUGUGAUGGGCGUGGGCCACCUGAAGGUAACAAAGGGACUCUGAGGGACACUUCAUUAAGUAUAAUUACCGAUAAUUAGAGGCUACUCAUUAUGGUGCAACUGCUUCUGUUUGCUAACGCUGCUUUGCAAAUAAACGCCGCAGACCACCCGUGGGCAUCAACCGGUGCGUGUCGGGCUGCUCAGGGCGUCCGACCACUUUCCACGGGCAGGGAUCUUAAUAUAGCUGCUUUGUUGGAUCUAUUGGAUGCUGUCAGAAAUAAAUUUUCACUGGAUGUACAGGGGGCUUGGGUUUCAGAUAAACAGUGCAUUUGUGGAAUUCUUCUCUUAAA